AUGUGUCUACUAGAUAACCCCGCGGGUGAGAAACUUCAAAAGAAAACUGUUACACAUUUCAAACAUUUUCAAAGAUUUUUUUCCCCAUUGCCUUCUCCCGCAGACGAUUCUUAAACUACUUUUCAGAUAGGAAUAACACACAUUUUAAAAAAACAGGCGACCUCGACCUCGAAAUAUCAAGAGAAGCAAACUAUUCGCCAAUGGCUAUUCCAACUCAACUCCUGACUCUUCAACAUCAUUUGCAAUCCAACCUGUUGAGAAAGACGGACGGUUGAAAAAAGUAGGAUCGCGCGAGUUUCCUUCCGCACUCAUGUGUUGAAGCCGGUUUUCAAAAAUAUUUAGUUAGGAAUUAAAAACUGUGUUGAUUUUUCGGAAGUAAGCUUAAAUUUUGGAACGUUAUGUGAUUUGUGAGUGUAUGAAGAUGUGACACCCCGAAUUUUUGGAUUCUUGUUUAUUUUUAGAAGAGGAUGAUUGUAGGAAAUAGAUAAAAUUUUUGGUUAAUUAUCGGCAAGCCGAUGAGGAGAGAAGACUAUGCGAGGACAUACGGGCGUCGCACCCACGGGAGUCCUCCUCCUCUUCAAUCUCCUCAAGAUGACCACAGGAGGUCUCGGACCAAAAUGAAAUGCCUCAUCUCCAUAGGACUCAUCUUACCUGCACUGGCCGCUGUCAUUGGUGUCGCUGCAUGGGCUGUGAGUGCGGAUGUGGUAAUGAACUCUGGCAACAGUAGGAACAAGGCAGAUAAUCACAUGAUGCAGAAUUUUCCUAUGGAAAGUGAUCAUCGUAGAGACAUAUUUGGAUCGAAUGAAGAGAGUGAUAAGAUUCGACCCCAGAAUCAAAUGCCUGAGUCAACAACAAAAUUAACAACGACGACAACCACUACAACUACUACAGCAAAGCCAACAACACAAAGCUCAACUACCAUUACUACAACUACGAGCACAACGUCAGCACCUGGAACACUCUCCCCAAAAGAAGAAAACGACGUGAACGCCAUUCUUUCAAAACUCAUAUCGGCAUCUGGGGCUGCUUCUGGGGGAACUGGACCACGAUUUGUGGUGGUUGCCCCAUUACCCGAUGGUACGGAUGCUUUUCAGAGUCCACCUUCAACAUCAACCAUCUCGAGAGCAGAUCAUUCUCAAAAAUCUCGAGAUAAUUCAUGGCACGUAUCUGGUCCGAGUCGGCACGAAUCAGAUCUGCAAACCUCUGCUUCCUCACACAGUAAAAGAAUUGCCCAUUCUACAGCCAACCAGCCGAUUCAUCAAAAAAACCUAACCAAUCGAAUUGGAGCUAGCACAGAUGGCUCGUCUAAUCGCAGAAUCGGUCCUCAACCGAUUGUAAUCUCAGCCAAUGAUUACCACAAUGGAAAUACUUUUAAUGGUCCUGAGAUAGAAAUAACAGGCUUUGAUCCGUUUGAUUCUAUGAUGCAAGAUGCAUUGUCGGCAAGUCCUUCAGCACCCAAAGUACACCAGUCACCAAACCAUCCAACGUACAACAACAAGCGCGGGCCACCACAAGGAAUCUAUGGCAACAGGAAACCUCUACCACUUCAAACAUUCGAUCACAAGCCUCAACAAGUGUUCGAUCCUCACAUGAUGAAUCAAAACAAGCACACUGUUAUCAACAGUCAUAAUCCUGGUUUGGUUGCUCUGCCACCAGGUAUGGGUCCACCUCCCUCAGUAGGCUUAAAGCCGAUUCAAAAGCAAAUGCAUCAUGCAGAUCCACUACAAGCAGCUGAAUCGAAUAGGUGGGGUUAUCACGGCCCUCCUGGUGGUUCUUAUCAUCACAAACCUCCUGAAGGUAUAUCUUUGAGUAUAUCUUCACCCUCACACAGUGGAACACACGUGUCUGCUUCAGAGCCAGUGAGUGUUAUAAAAAGUUUCUUCCUGCCAUUUUUGCCAAAACCAAGAUUAAACAUGAAUGCCAGAGUGGUAUUUGGUGUUGUUCUGGACAAGGGUAUGGGUUUGGGAGGGGGUAAGAAAGAUGCUGGACAUCAUCCUUACCACUAAAAGAAAAAGCCUUUUCCAAAAUCAAGAGAUGAUGUGAUAAUUGAUUCCUACGGAAAUUAUCAGUAGAAUUUUAGUUGCAGUUGAGCUGCGAUUCUUUUGACAAUUUUAUUUGUAUACAUGGCUGAAUUGUUUGAUAUUAUUCAGCCUGUACCAAAUAGCUACAGUCACUAUGUGGUGAAAAAUGCUUUCUUAUUUAUUUCCAUGUCCUAAGUUAGCAGUAAUAAGUUUUAUUUUUCUGAAAAAAUAAAUUCCUGUACCCAUUUCGUUCUUGCGUUGAAUUUUCGCAAUAAAAUUUGCAAAACCUCUCUCGUAAAUAAUAAACAAUAUAUCUUCUUAACCAUUUAAGUUAUUUAUUUUGAGAAUCUCAAAAAACCAGAAAAUGAAAUUUUUUCUACACACAAAUUUAAAUAAUAGUUUACUGAAUAUAUGUAUAAUUUUCAGUAGAUAUUAUUAAUGCAACAACUGUGAAUUCAGGUCUUUGUUCAUGAAUAAUAGUUUAAACAUUUUCUGAUCAGUAUUUUCAAUCUGGUUUUUAAAAUAUCAUACUAAAUUUUAUAACCUUUCUAUUAUGACAAUAUAACAAUUAUUACUGUUGGUAACUAUUACUCGCAAACUUUCCUUACUUAUUCACAGUAUGAUUAUCUUGAAAUUUUAUAAUUUCUUUUCUUUUUCCUAGAUAUUGCCAGUAUCAUAUACGGGAUCAUGAACGGUUUAAUGAAAGUAAAAAGUGGUAGUUUUCUCUUAAAUUACAUUUUGUUUAGCUUAGUUUAAAAUAUUGAUUUCAAAAAGAUAUUAAAAUUAAUUAUUACACUGGCUAGACACAGAUAUUGUUUAUUAGUUUUAUAAAUAUAAACAGUUUUUUUAAAACACCAUCUCCCCGCCCCCCCUCCAGAGUUAGCGUUUACGUGCAAAAUCUGGGAAAAAUAUCAGGACACAACUUUGAGACCACGGGAAUUCGGUAGAAUAUCUCAGAAUUCUAUUUGAUACCCAGAAUUUUCAUAAAAGGACCCUCGAACAAAUCACAUUUUAUUGUAGAAAGAUAGUGAUAUUAAACCAUGAAGUGCUAAAAGUAUAAGAUAUUUUGCUUAUUUAAUGACUUUGUAUGGUAGGUGGAUUAUAUUGGAAUCAUUGAAACCUAAUGAAAGCGUUACUUAACAUAGAUAUUAUUAUUUUGCAUUAAAUAUGUUUCAAUUUUUCUACAUUCUUUCAGCGUUUUGGGCACAAAAAAAUUCUUCA